AUGGCGAGCAUCUCGGUCCCGCUUUCAAACACAGGCACACUAUCCAACAUCAUCGAAGGAUACAGUGCGGAAAAAUGGCAGCAGGAUACCGACGACCAGAUUCCUGAACCCAUGUUUUGGAUCACUCUCAUCACAAUCUCAGAAGCAAUCUACAACCUGACGACCGGAUUGACGUACACGCCGGGUAUGGACGAUGCAGCAGAAGCCUUUGGGUGGAUACCAAAAGUGCAUCGCGACAUCAAGCCCAGCAACGUCUUCCUUAUGGAGCCUCAGGAACCCUUCGCUUCUUUCCCGCGGCCUGUGCUAGCAGACCUCGAUGAUAUGCUCGAGCUCUUCGGAUAUGAGGAGUAUACCAAGAAGUACCACUUGUUUACCCGAGGCUACGCUGCACCCGAGAACAAUAUCGAGCUGCACACUCUAGACCCCGACUCCCAAGGCUUCGGCUACUUCCAACGGCAACCACUCUCCUGCAAAACAGACAUCUGGUCUCUGGGCACCUCGCUUUUCCAAGCAUACUAUUCCCGUGCUGGCGCCUACGAUGAAUGA